AUGAGUAAUUUAAUUUACGACAAUUCGGGUGUGGUUGUAGGUGUUGAUGCUGGUGCUGGUGCCGAUGCUGCCGCACCUUUGCCAUCGAAUUUUAACAAUUUUCCAGCUUUUGACCAAUCACAAUUGCACUCAAUGGCACAGGAACAAAGAUUCGAUGAUGAUCGUCAACACAAUUUUGACGAUAACGCUUCUUUCCACGAGCAUGACCUUGGAUUGGCAAAUACAGCACAUAUUAGUGCGUUGAUUGAAAGUGAUGGGGAAGAGCAAGGUGAAGGGGAAGAAUUCCCAGAAUAUGAACAUGCUUGUGCUUAUUGUGGAGUACAUACCCCCAAUUCAGUCAUUAAGUGUAAUACUUGUAACAAAUGGUUUUGCAAUUCGAAAACAAAUUCAACAAGCUCGCAUAUUGUUACUCACUUGGUCAUGUCACGCCAUAAUCAGGUUAGUUUACAUGAGGAAUCAGAUUUAGGAGAAACUACUUUAGAAUGUUACAAUUGUGGAAACAAGAAUGUAUUCAUGUUGGGGUUUGUCUCUGCAAAGCAAGAAUCGGUGGUUGUCAUUUUAUGUCGGUUGCCAUGUGCUAGAUCAAAAGAUAUCAACUGGGACACUAGCCAUUGGCAAGCAUUGAUUGAAAACCGUCAAUUUUUAUCGUGGUUAGCACCACCGCCCACUGAGGAUGCAUUGACUAACUCCGUUAUGAUUACCCCGCAACAAAUUACCAAAUUAGAAGCACAAUGGAGACUAAAUAGAAACGCCACCAUCAAUGAUAUCGAAAAUACCGAUAAAAAGGAGGAAGAUGUUUUGCCAAUUUUGAUGCGGUAUACUGAUGGGUUCCAAUACCAACAAUCAUUUGGUCCAUUGGUGAAAUUGGAGGCCGAUUACGACAAAAAUUUAAAGGAAUCGCAAGCCUUGGAACACAUUCAAGUGAAAUGGGCCUUGGGGUUGAAUAAUAGGCAUUUGGCUUCAUUCACUCUUUCAACUUUUGAAACUACCGACUUGAAAGUUGCUGUUGGUGACGAGAUUAUCUUGAGAUAUAGCGGAAGUCAGGGAGAUGCUUGGCAAGGUCAAGGAUUUAUCCUCAGAUUGCCCAAUUCCUAUCAAGAAGAGUUUACCUUGGAAUUAAAUCCGGCAAAAGUUGCCCCACCAACCCAUUUAACCACCGAUUUCACGGCUGAAUUUGUCUGGAAAGGUACUUCCUAUGAUCGUAUGCAACAAGCGAUGAAGGAUUUUGCCACCGACGAUGAAUCAGUCUCAUCGUUUAUCUAUCAUAAGCUAUUGGGACACGAUGUUGCCCCUGUUGAGUUUGAUAUUGAAUUACCCAAGAAAUUUUCUCAUCCUAGAUUGACCGAAUUGAAUGUGUCACAAGCUAAUGCCGUUCGAUCGGUUUUGCAAAGACCAUUGUCUUUAAUUCAGGGUCCACCAGGUACUGGUAAAACUGUUACUUCAGCGACAAUUGUCUACCAUUUAUCACGGUUGAAUAAAGAAAAAAUUUUGGUGUGUGCUCCUUCCAAUGUGGCUGUUGAUCAUUUAGCGGCCAAAUUGGAUUUAUUAGGAUUGAAAGUGGUUCGAUUAACGGCAAAAUCAAGAGAAGACGUUGAAAGUUCGGUGGGACAUUUAGCAUUGCAUAAUGUGGUUAAUAAGACAGCCAAGGGCGAAUUGAAGAAAUUGAUCAAGUUGAAGAAUGAGGUUGGCGAAUUAUCAACUGAAGAUCUGAAAAACUAUAUCAAGCAUUUACGAUCAUCAGAAUUGAAGAUUUUGAAUAAAUGUGAUGUUGUUUGUUGUACCUGUGUUGGUGCUGCUGAUAAACGGUUAUCGCAAUUUAAAUUCAGAACUGUGUUGGUGGAUGAAAGUACUCAAGCCUCUGAACCUGAGGUGUUGAUACCUAUAGUUAAGGGAGCCAAACAAGUGAUUUUAGUUGGUGAUCACCAACAGUUGGGUCCAGUGAUUUUAGAUAGGAAGGCUGCUGAUGCUGGAUUGAAGCAAUCACUAUUUGAGCGAUUGGUGUUUCUUGGCCACGUUCCAAUCAGACUAGAGGUGCAAUAUAGAAUGCAUCCUUGUUUGUCGGAAUUCCCCAGUAACAUGUUUUAUGAAGGUUCAUUACAGGAUGGAGUAACCAAUGCCGAUCGAGUCGUUACUGAUUCGUCAUUCCCAUGGCCAGUCAUUGAUACGCCAAUGAUGUUUUGGGCCAACUAUGGACGUGAAGAAUUGAGUAGCAGUGGGAAUUCGUAUUUGAACAGAGUGGAAGCCAUGAAUGUUGAACGAAUCAUUACACGUUUGUUUAAAGAUGGCAUAAAGCCCGAACAAAUUGGUGUUAUUACUCCUUAUGAAGGGCAACGAGCAUAUUUAGUCCAGUUUAUGUCGAUGAAUUCGACGUUAUUGAGCAAGCGCGAUGAGUAUCUUGAAGUUGAAAUUACCAGUGUUGAUGCGUUCCAAGGACGAGAAAAGGAUUUUAUUAUCCUUAGUUGUGUUCGUGCCAAUGACUCACAAAGUAUUGGGUUCCUUAGUGAUCCGAGACGGUUGAAUGUUGCAUUAACCAGAGCCAAAUACGGACUAUUAGUUCUUGGUAACCCACGUGCUUUGAGUCGUAAUCGGUUAUGGAACCAUUUAUUGGUUCAUUUUAGAGAAAAGGGGUGUUUGGUUGAUGGUCCAUUGGAUAAUUUACAGUUGUCGAUGGUUCAAUUGAAUAAUUACACCACUGCCAACCGCAAUUUGAAGUCGUCGGGCCUGCAAAAGAAACUGGACCAUUAUCAUGCUCGAUUUGGUGCCCCCUCGACUACCUUUGCAACGGGUAAUUUUGAUUCUGUUUCGAAUGCAGGUACUGGUGGGUAUGCAUCGACUUUACGUGGUGGUGGUGCUGCCAAUCAAUCGAGGUUGAAGAAUGAGCUUUGGCCAGCAUUGAAUCAACUGCAAAAUGGCGAUAGUGCUGGUGAAGGUGAUGCCGCUGGGGAUGAGUAUUACAAUGGGUCCAAUUCCAUCAGUGCUAAUUUCUACUCUAAGUUGAACAAAUUGGACAAGAGUUUUGCCAAUGGUGGCAAUCGAUACCAUGAUGAGAAUAUUGAAGAUGAGAUUAAGAGCAUUACCAGUUCCUUUGCUGCUGGGUUGAACUUUUGA